CAGCUGACCUUCUCCACUGGUUCAAUUCUCCUGCACUUCUCCUGUAGCCCCUCAGGAGUUUGUGAGAAAGAAGAGCCUCCAGAGUCAGGACAGGAAGAAGCCAGGGGAGCUUGGCCAUGGAUUUUUCAUCACAAGUGAGCAUUCAGGAGGUGACCUGCCCCAUCUGCCAGGAGCUCUUCACAGAGCCCAUGAGCUUGGACUGUGGCCACAGCUUCUGCGCAGCCUGCAUCACUGAAAACAGUAAAUCAGGGAGCCCCGUAGGAUUGGAAUGCUGCUGUCCGGUUUGCCAGAGCAGAUACCAGCCUUGGAAACUCCUGUUUAAUUGGGAGCUGGCGGACACAGUGGAGAAAUUCAGGGAGGUCAAUGGGAGUCCACACCAGCAAAGGAGGAGAGAUCUCUGUGAGCACCAUGGGGAAGAUUACUGUAUCUUCUGUAAGGACGAUGGGAAGCCUAUUUGCAGGUUAUGUGUCCAGGAGCACCAAGGUCACCAAAUGUCCCUCAUUGCAGAGGUGGUCAAGGAAUGCCAGGAGAGACUCCAGGAAGCUCUGAAUAAGCUGACACAGGAGCAGAAAGAAGCUGAGCAGUUGGAAGCUGGCAUCAAUAAAGAGAGAGUUGCCUGGAAGAACCAUAUGUAUGUUGAGAGAGAGAGGAUUCUGCAAGGGUUUGAGGAAAUGAGACACAUCCUGGACAGAGAGGAACAGAGGGAGCUGCAAAAGCUGGAGGAUGAUGAAGUGCAUGUGCUGGACAACUUGACUGUGGCCAAAGACCAGGUGGUCCAGCAGAAGCAGUAUAUAAGCGAGCUCGUCUCAGAUCUCCAGCGUCAUAUGCGUGAAUCCUCUAUAGACAUGUUGCAGGAUGUGAUUAACACCUUGAGAAGGAGUGAGAUCUGGACCUUGAAGCAGCCAAAAAUUGUUCCUAAGAAACUGAAGAGUACAUUCCAAGUUCCAGAUCUCAGUGGGAUGCUGCAGAAGUUUAAAGAGCUGACAGAAGUCCAAAGCUACUGGGUGGACUUGAGGCUGCAACCACUCAAUGCUCAUUCGAAUGUUGUCAUUUCUGCGGAUCAGAGACAGGUGACAGCUGGUCAAUAUUCUAUGUUUAACAAUGUAUAUCCAUGUAAUUUUUCUGCUUUUGACGUUGUGGGCAGCCAGAAUUUCUCCUCGGGGAAGUAUUACUGGGAAGUUGAUGUGUCUGGGAAGAUUGCCUGGAUCUUGGGGGUAUACGGUAAAACAAGUAACCUCAAUAAAAAGAAAAGCUCUGGGUUUGUUUUUAACCCAAAUGUAAAUAAUUCAAACACUUACUCCAGGUUCAGGCCUGAGAAUGGCUACUGGGUUAUAGGCUUACAGAAUGAGUCUGAGUACAAUGCCUUUGAGGACUCUCCCACCUCAGAUUUCAAGGUCUUGAUUCUUUCCAUGGCUGUUCCUCCCUGUCGAGUGGGGGUUUUCAUAGACUUUGAAGCAGGCACUGUCUCAUUUUUUAAUGUCACAAACCAAGGGUCGCUCAUCUAUAAGUUCUCUAAGUGUCGCUUUUCUCAGACUGUUUAUCCAUAUUUCAAUCCUUGGAACUGUCCGCGUCCCAUGACUCUGUGCCCGCCGGGCUCCUGAGCCCUCCCCUCCC